AUGCAGCCGUGGGAAGGCGCGAUUUGUCCAUUCACACCCAGCGAUGACACCGUAGUCGAACAUUUGAUUAACUCGUACUCUCCUGCCCUCGAGCAUCCUGUGGUCGAACUGCAGAAGAUGCGCCCCCUCGCGCGCGGCGUGCUGUUCGCCGACCCGUCGUCACUCGUUCAGCGCGUCUCGCACGCAGCACGCUUUCAAUCGUCGAGCGCGUCCAGCAAAGAUGCGACGACCGCCACACUGAGUCCACGGUGGCUCUCCGACCUGAAGGCGCGCAUAGGCAAAUGCAUUAUGUUCGGCAUAGAUAACGAGCAAGUAAAGGAAGCAGGCCAGAUCUUGCACGAUGUCAAUUACAACUGGAAAGACCUGGUCGCAGGCACCUACGACAAAGGCAGCUCCGCACGCAUAACCACAGGAGUGAAGAAGCCAGGCUCUUUUCCUGCUGCACCAGUCGCUCCACUCCAGAAGUUCGCAGCUACAGGGCUCAUACACAGAAACGUCGCUGACUAUAGCACCACUCUAAAGCCGAUCAAGUAUCCGGACCGUGUCACGGUCCUGCAUAAGCUUCGUUCGAAGCCGAAGGCGGACACCGACCACUUUAUCCUAGACGUGCUCAUACUCUCCGAGCUGCAUCGGAGGGUUGCGGCGCGCUGUGUCGAAGACAUUGUCAUCUACGACUACAAAGCAGCGAAGAAGUCGUCAAUGAAGCCAUUCAUGGUCGAGAAGCUGCAGGAGACAUUCGAGCUCCAAGAGCGGGCCAAGGAAAAGUACGGGAAUAAGGCAUUGGAGCUCAUUCGACGGGUGCAGGCCCUUGAGAAGAGCUCCUGGGAUAGACCAGAUGCCAAGGAAGACUUUGGCAGCGCGAAUCCAUAA